UAGCACUUCCUCGACUGUGAAAGAUAUUUCCUCCCAUUACUAUACGUGACAAAUAAUAUCUUUAAUCAUGUGGCUCCCUCUGCUGGUGGUAGUUCUGAGUUUGAUCCUCCUGUAUAGAUGGUACAGACAGAGCAGGAUACUGCAGAAUCUCUCUGAUAAAUAUGUACUAAUCACUGGAUGCGACACUGGAUUUGGGAACCUGCUGGCAAAGCAGUUGGACCGGCGUGGGAUGCUGGUAUUGGCAGCUUGUUUAACUGAAAGAGGGGCUGAGGAUCUGAAGAAGGAUACAUCACAUAGACUGCAGACAAUAAUCCUGGAUGUCGCUGAUAGCCAGAGUGUGAGCUCUGCUACCAAGUGGGUUUUUCACAAUGUGAAUGAUAAAGGUCUUUGGGGCCUAGUGAAUAAUGCUGGGAUCACAAGACCUGCAGCCCCAAAUGAAUGGCUGACAGUGGAGGAUUUUGUUAAAGUACUGAAUGUGAAUCUCCUGGGGACGAUCAAUAUGACACUCAGUCUUCUUCCGCUCAUUAAAACAUCGAGGGGACGUAUUGUUAAUGUGUCCAGUGUCAUGGGUAGACUGGCUUUUGCAGGUGGUGGAUACACGAUUUCCAAGCAUGCUAUAGAAGCCUUCUCUGACUCCUUAAGACGUGAAGUUCAGCCAUUUGGUGUCAAAGUUUCUAUCAUUGAACCUGGGUCUUACACGACCCCAGCUACAGAUGUGCAGGCCACACUACAAAGUAUUCAUGACGUUUGGAGAAGAGUUCCUCAGUCAGUCCAAGAAAGCUAUGGACAGCAGUAUUUCCUGGACUAUUGCAAAUUCAUCCAGUUCAGGAUAACUAAGUGCAAUCCCCAUCUAAACCAGGUUACAGACUGCAUGCAGCAUGCCCUAAUGGCUGUAUACCCGUGGACUCGCUAUUCUGCUGGCUGGAAGUCUAAGCUCUUCUAUAUUCCUGUGUCAUAUCUACCCACGUUUGUAUCUGACUAUCUGCUAACUUAUUCUUUCCCAAAGCCACCUUCCAACAGAGCUUCAGAAAUAAAUCAUUGACAAAAAUCAGAAUGCAAUAUGCUGCUGUUGAAAGAAACAAUUAAGAUUAUUCUAAUUUUAAUGCCAGAAGUAGUAUAUUUCAAGCAGCGAUGUUUAUUUGUUAGUUGAGCUCUAAAUAUUUUAACAAAAAAGGCUAACAAAAUUACAUUUACUAAACAAAACAAUAUACAUG